AUGGCCAUACACUUGUUCCUCCUGGGCCUUUUCCUGCUGCUGCCACCACCCGUCCCUGCUCCUUGCUACACUGCCACUCGGUCAGAAUGCAAGCAGAAGCACAAGUUCCUGCCAGGUACAUGGCUGGCUGGGGAAGGUGUGGACGUGACCACCCUCCGCCACUCCCGAGCCUUCCCAGUGAACACACUGAAUUUCCUGAGGCCUGACCGCACCUGCACCCUCUGUAAAAACUCCCUGAAGGGAGACGCUAUACAACGCCUGCCCCUGGCAAUUGCCCACUGGCGACCUCACGGCUCAGGCUGCCAGCGUAAAGUGGCCACAGUCAAGGUCAGCUCCACUGAGGGCGUGGCCCGGGAUGCCGCUACUAACAUCAAUAAUGACUGGCGUGUGGGGCUGGAUGUGAACCCCAAGCCUGGAGCAAACGUGCAUGUGUCCAUGGCUGGCUCCCACUCCAAGGUAGCCAACUUUGCAGCCGAGAAGACCUCUCAGGACCAGUACAACUUUAACACUGACACCGUGGAGUGUCGCCUGUACAGUUUUCGCCUGGUACAGAGACCCCCACUGCACCCCGAUUUCAGAAGGGCACUCAGGAACCUUCCUCCCAACUUCAACACCUCCACAAAGGAUGCUUACGACAGGCUCAUCUCCUCCUAUGGCACCCACUUUAUUACGGCUAUGGACCUAGGUGGCCGUAUCUCAGCCCUAACAGCCCUGCGUACAUGUCAGCUGGCUCUGGAUGGGCUCACGGCUGAUGAGGUAGGAGAUUGCCUGAAUGUGGAGGCCCAAGUCAGCAUCGGUGCGCAUGCCAGUGCCACAAGCGAAUACAAAGCCUGUGAGGAGAAGAAGAAACAGCACAAGAUGACCACCUCUUUCCACCAGACCUACCGAGAGCGUCACGUCGAAGUGGUUGGAGGCCAACUUGAUUCCACGAUGCAUGACCUGCUCUUUGGGAACCAGGCCACACCUGAGCAGUUCUCAUCUUGGAUAACCUCACUGACCAGCAGUCCUGGUGUGGUGGACUACAGCCUGGAGUCCCUGCACAUGCUGGUGGAAGACCAGAACCCGAGGCGGGAAGCGCUGAGACAGGCUAUCAGCCAUUAUGUGGUAAACAAGGCUCGUUGGCGGGACUGUAGCCAGCCCUGUCGGCCAGGCCAGCAUAAGAGUUCAAGAGACUCGUGCCAAUGCAUGUGCCACGAUUCAAAGGUCACCAACCAGGACUGCUGUCCACGCCAGAGGGGCUUGGCCCAGCUGGUGGUGACAGAUUUCCGGGCAGAGCAUCUUUGGGGAGACAUCUUUACAGCUUCUGAUGCCUAUGUGAAGGUCUUCUUUGGUGGCCAGGAGUUGAGGACCACUACAGUGUGGAAUAAUAACAACCCCAAGUGGACUGACAGGCUGGACUUUGGGAAUGUGCUCCUAGCCACGAGCGGACCCCUGAGGGUACAGGUCUGGGAUGCUGACUAUGGCUGGGACGAUGACCUUCUUGGUUCUUGUGACAAGUCUCCCAAGUCUGGUGACCAUCGGACAACCUGUAACCUGAACCAUGGCAGUGUGACAUUCGUCUACCAUGUCAAGUGUUUGCUCCACCUGACUGGAGAGACCUGCCUGGAGUAUGCCCCAGUGAAGCUUCCAGGAGAUCCUCCAGGAAACCGCAGUGGGGCUGUGUGGUAA